GAAAGAAAAGAGAAAGAAUAGAGUGAGGAUAAACAUAAAUGACAGAGUGGGGGAGAGGUGAAGACGAGAGGAGAGAGAUGCAGGUAUAUAAAGCUGCUGUGUGACAGAGCAUCAGGGAGAACACAUGAACACAUUUCCAGACAGAGAUCACCAGACGAGGACAGAGGACGGAAACCAGAAAAGAGGGAAAAGGGAAGAAUCCUCAAAGACAUGCAGACAAACGAGAUGAACGUUUUACUAGCUGUGUUUUGCGUGCUUAGCAUCCUCCAGUUCUGUCACGGAGUAUCCAGCAGUGGAGAAUGCUACUUCAACUCAAAAGCCAGCUGUGAACACAACAGCCGUGUAUUUGACAUCGGGGAGGCCUGGAUAAAUGACGAAUGUUUCCAGUGUGUGUGUUUCGAGCCGUUUGGAGUGGGCUGCUGUGAACAUGGAAAGCAGCCAGUCGAUUACCCGUCCUGGUGCGAAGCCAUUAGGAAACCAGAUUCCUGCACAGUUGCUGUGGUGAUGAAGGCCAACCAUAAACUUCCCUGUCUGUUUGGGAGGAAGAACCGCCUUUGGAAAUCAGAGAACGACCCACUCUUCUAGACUGCACUACGGAAUUCAGUCAUGCAAAACACUCAUUUAAAUAUACAGCUUAUUCACUAUGUUUACCAAUAUACACACACUGAUCAAAAGUUGGGGUCAGUAAGAUA